UCUCCCCGGCGCUGCUGGCUCCGCAUGCCCGUGCCGAGGCUCCCGGAGCAGCCCUGAUUCCCUGAGCUCCGCGUCCAUCCCGGGCGAUCCGGAGGCGCCCGAGCAGCGCGGGGCCGAGCAGGGCAGGGGAUGUCAUGGCGGCCGCAGUACCGCAGCUCCAAGUUCCGGAAUGUUUACGGGAAGGCGGCGAGCCGGGAGCACUGCUUCGACGGGAUUCCCAUCACCAAGAACGUCCACGACAACCAUUUCUGCGCCGUCAACGCGCGGUUCCUGGCCAUCGUCACCGAGAGCGCCGGCGGCGGCUCCUUCCUCGUCAUCCCGCUGGAGCAGACUGGCCGGAUCGAGCCGAACUAUCCCAAAGUUUGUGGUCACCAGGGAAAUGUGCUGGACAUCAAGUGGAAUCCCUUCAUUGAGAACAUUAUCGCCUCCUGCUCCGAGGACACCUCGGUGCGGAUCUGGGAGAUUCCGGAGGGGGGACUGAAGCGGAACAUGACGGAGGCGGUGCUGGAGCUGUACGGGCACAGCCGCCGCGUCGGGCUCGUGGAGUGGCACCCCACCACCAACAACAUCCUCUUCAGCGCCGGCUACGACUACAAGGUGCUGAUCUGGAACCUGGACAUCGGCGAGCCGGUGAAGAUGAUCGACUGCCACACGGACGUGAUCCUCUGCAUGUCCUUCAACACCGACGGCAGCCUCCUGGCCACCACCUGCAAGGACAAGAAGCUGCGCGUGGUGGAGCCGCGCUCCGGGAGGGUCCUGCAGGAGGCCAGCUGCAAGAACCACCGCGUCAACCGCGUGGUUUUCCUGGGAAGCACCAAACGGCUUCUGACCACGGGAGUGUCCCGCUGGAACACCCGGCAGAUCGCCCUCUGGGACCAGGAAGAUUUAUCCAUGCCUUUGAUCGAGGAGGAGAUUGAUGGGCUCUCGGGGCUCCUCUUCCCCUUCUACGACGCUGACACCCACAUGCUGUACCUGGCUGGGAAGGGCGACGGCAACAUCCGGUACUACGAGAUCGGCUCGGAAAAGCCCUACCUGAGUUAUCUCAUGGAAUUCCGCUCGCCAGCUCCGCAGAAAGGGCUGGGGGUGAUGCCGAAGCACGGCCUGGACGUCUCCGCCUGCGAAGUUUUCCGUUUCUACAAACUCAUCACCCUCAAGGGGCUCAUCGAGCCCAUCUCCAUGAUCGUCCCGAGGCGGUCGGAGACGUACCAGGAGGACAUUUAUCCCAUGACUCCAGGGACGGAGCCAGCCCUGACCCCAGACGAGUGGCUCAGUGGGGUCAACAGAGAUCCCAUCCUGGUGUCGCUGAAGGAGGGAUACAAGAGGAAUUCCAAGAUUGUCUUCAAGGCGCCGGUGAGGGAGAAGAAGAGCGUGGUGGUCAACGGGAUCGACCUCCUGGAGAACGUCCCACCGCGCACGGAGAACGAGCUGCUCCGGAUGUUCUUCCGGCAGCAGGACGAGAUCCGGCGGCUGAAGGACGAGCUCUCGCAGAAGGACAUUCGGAUCCGGCAGCUGCAGCUGGAAUUAAAGAACUUCCGGAACAGCCCCAAGAACAAUUGACUCCAGGGAUGUUUUCUAAAGAAAUUCCUUUGUUUCUACUCCUGAAUUCCUUGGAUCCACUCACCCAGAACACAAUUCCGGAGUCCGCGGCUGCCGAGAGCCUGGAAUCACGUCCUGCGUGUCUUGUCUGGCACUAAUCCCGCUCUAACCUGAUUCCUGGGAAAGCCUGGAGGCUCCCAGUAAGUCGGAGCCAUGUCCUGUCCGUUGGGAUGAGCCAGCCCGGGGCAGAUUCCCGGGAAAGCGCGACGCUUCCUUGCUAUUAAUUUUUUUUCCUAUGCAAAAAAUGUGACAGUGGGAGCGGAACUGGAAAAGGGGCGGGAAGUGGGAAGGGCUUGAUCGUCAAAGGGGGUUUCCGUGUGGGAAUCCGGGAUCCUUCCCGUGCUGGGAAACUGGGAUCAUUCCCAUGGGAGCAGGACGGGAUCCUUGCUGUGGUGGGAAACUGGGAUCAUUCCCAUGGUGGGAGCCUGGGAUCCUUCCCAUGGGAGCAGGACGGGAUCCUUCCCAUCAUUGUAACUUGGGAUCCUUCCUGUAGUGGGAACCUGGAAUUCUUCCUGCAGCUGGAGCCUGGGAUCUGUCCCAGGAUCCUUUCCCAUGGUGGGAAUCUGGGAUCCUUCCAAUGGUGGAAAUUCAGGAUCCUUCCCGUGGUGGGAUCCCGGGAUAUUCCUGGGGGUGCUGCCCCAUGGAUGGAGCCCAAGGGAUGGAUCCUGAGGAUGGAUCCCAAGGGACGCACCCGGAGCUUGCCAGGCUCAGCACUUUGGACAAUCCCAGGACUGACGGGAUUUGCCUGGAGCACAGGGAAUGACACCAAAUCCCAUUGGUUUUUCCUGGAGAUCCCAAUUCCCACUCAGUCCGAGCUGCUGAAGUUCCCAGCGCGGGCCUGUCCCGUCCGUGUCCUGCGUUCCCUGCUGCGUUCCAUGUGCUGUCAUUCCUGAUUUAUUUAUGCUCCCACGGGAUAGUGAUGGAAUAAAAUCUUUUCAGAACACCAGAA